GGGUCGUGCGCAUGCGCAAAAGAAGCUCCUAGCAGCUUGUGGGCACCAUAUGCAGCGAGGUGCUUAGAGCCGGCGUAGAGCUACACUGACAUAGUCACCAUGGGCAAGAAGCAGAAGACCAAGUCUGAGGAGAGUGGCAAGGACGAUGUUGACCUUGAUGCCCUUGCUGCGGAGAUAGAAGGAGCUGGAGCUUCCAAAGAGCAAAAGGGUAAAGCAAAAAAGAAGAAAGAGAAGAAAAAGCAAGAUUUCGAUGAAGAUGAUAUUCUGAAAGAGCUUGAAGAACUGACACUGGAAAAUCAAGGAGGGAAUUCCAAUAAGGAUUCUGUACAAAAGAAACCAGAAGUAGAAGAGCCUGAACCUAUCCCUACAAAGCAGGAGAAGAAAAAGAAAGGACAGAAGGGCAAAAAAGCCAGCUUUGACGAGGAUGAAGACAAUAGUGAUGAAAUGGAAAGCAAAAAUACAAAACCCAGAAAAGGGGAGAAGCCCAAAAAUAUGUCAGAGAGUGAUGAUGAGAAUUAUGAUAGUAGUGUUAAUGCAACUUCUAAAAAAGGUAAAGGCAAAAAUGAGACGUCCAAUAAAAAAGCCCCAGUUUCAGAGGACGCUAAGGAUCGUGAUCAGGAGAAAGUAGAUAUUAUCGGAGAUAGUGAUGAAGACUCCGAUGAGUUCAGCCGAGGUAAGAAAGUGAAGAAGAAAGACCCAAAAUCCAAGCCUGUUGCCAAAGCAGAUAGUGAAGAAGAGGAAGGGGAAUUCAAAAUGAAGACUGCUGCUCAGAAGAAGGCAGAGAAAAAGGAACGAGAGCGGAAGAAGAAAGAGGAGGAAAAGGCCAAACUGAGGAUACAGAAGGAAAAGAAAGAGUCUGAAGGUCCUAAAAAAGAAGCUGUCAAAACGAGUGUCCCUGAAAAAAUAGCAGAAGAGGCUGCAGCCCGAAAGGAUAAAGAUUCUAUAGUGGAAGCAGAGGAUGCAGAAGCAGAGGACGAUGCUGAUGGCGAUAAAAAGAAAAAAGACAAAAAGAAGAAGAAAGUGGAGAAAGACGAUAAAGAUAAAAAGAAGAAGGGCCCGAGUUCUGCCACAGUAAAAGCCAUGCAGGAAGCUCUUGCUAGAAUGAAGGAGGAGGAAGAGCGACUUAAACGAGAAGAGGAGGAGCGACAGAGAUGGCUAGAAGAGAUGGAAGCGAAGCGCUUAGAAGAGGAACGACUAGAGCAAGAACGAAAAGAAAAGAAGAAGCAGAAAGAGAAGGAAAGGAAGGAGCGAUUAAAAAAAGAAGGGAAGCUGCUAACAAAAGCUCAGAAAGAAGCCCGAGCUCGUGCUGUGGCUACUCUAAAAGUCCUUCAAGAGCAAGGUGUCGAAGUGCCAUCUAAAGAUUCUAUACCAAAGAAAAAGCCAAUCUAUGAAGACAAAAAGAAAAAGAAGCCCCAACAGCAGUCUCAAAAUAAGGAAGAGCCAGUGGAGGAGAGUUCUCCAGUGGAUGUUCCUGAAUCUCCAGUGUCCGAAAAAGAAGAGCCCCCCUUGUCUGCAGAGCCUCAAGACAUGUUUUUCCAGUGUGACUCUAAUCAGGAUAGUGGGACAGAUAAAGAAGAAAAUGAAGAUGAUGUUGGUGUAGAAGACUGGGAGGCCAGAAUCAGCGAUGAAGAGAAUGCAGAUACAAAAACUGUUCACAUAGAGGUUCAGGAGAAAAAUGAACAGGACGAGGAUGAAGAUGAGGAUGAUGAAGAUGACGCAGAAAGUGAGGAAGAGGAGGAUGACGAAGGGGAUAGCAGUGAGGAUGAAAAAUCUGCAGAAGAGAAACCUGGAAAGCCAUCAGAGUCUCAUUCCACUGUAUCCAAACCAACUGAGAAAAAGCCUAUUGUAGAGCAGAGCUCAGAGUCUGAAUCUGACUCUGAUGAUGAUCGCACCAAAGAGGAACAGGCCUAUGAUAAAGCAAAGAGGCGAAUAGAGAAACGACGUUUGGACAACCAGAAAACCAUUAACACACAAGUUCUUCGGGCACCAGUUAUUUGUGUCCUCGGACAUGUCGACACCGGAAAGACAAAAAUCCUUGACAAGUUGCGUCAUACUAAUGUACAAGACGGUGAAGCUGGAGGUAUCACUCAGCAGAUUGGUGCCACCAAUGUCCCCUUGGAUGCUGUAAAAGAACAGACAAAAAUGGUUAAAAAUUUUGAUCGGGAGACCAUCAAGAUUCCAGGAAUGCUCAUUAUUGAUACACCGGGUCACGAGUCUUUCAGUAACCUGAGGAACCGUGGAAGUUCUCUAUGUGACAUUGCCAUCCUGGUAGUUGAUAUCAUGCAUGGAUUGGAGCCACAGACAAUCGAGUCAUUAAACUUGCUGAAGACUAAGAAGUGUCCUUUUAUUGUAGCGCUAAACAAGAUUGAUAGGUUGUAUGACUGGAAGAAAAGUCCAGAGACUGAUGUCUCUGCUACCUUAAAGAAACAAAAGAAGAACACAAAGGAUGAAUUUGAAGAGCGCACCAAGUCCAUAAUUGUGGAAUUUGCACAACAGGGUCUGAAUGCAGCAUUAUUUUUUGAAAAUAAAGAUCCCCGCACUUUUGUGUCUAUGGUCCCAACUUCUGCUCAUUCUGGAGAUGGCAUGGGUAAUCUAAUAUCCCUCCUAGUUGAUCUCACUCAGACCAUGCUUAGUAAGAGACUGGCCCAUUCAGAAGAGCUAAGAGCUCAAGUAAUGGAGGUUAAAGCUCUUCCUGGCAUGGGUACUACAAUAGAUGUCAUCUUGAUCAAUGGUCGGCUUCGAGAGGGGGAUACUAUUAUUGUUCCUGGUGUAGAAGGUCCAAUUGUCACACAGAUCCGAGGACUUUUGCUUCCUCCUCCAAUGAAAGAAUUAAGAGUAAAGAAUCAGUAUGAAAAGCACAAAGAGGUGCUUGCUGCUCAGGGAGUGAAGAUUUUGGGCAAGGACCUGGAGAAAACUUUGGCAGGUUUGCCUAUUUUGGUUGCCUAUAAAGAUGAUGAAGUCCCAGUCCUGAGAGAUGAGCUCAUCCAUGAGCUGAAGCAGACUCUGAAUGCUAUCAAGUUAGAAGAAAAGGGAGUUUAUGUGCAAGCGUCCACAUUGGGCUCCUUGGAAGCACUGCUUGAAUUCUUGAAAACCUCUGAAGUGCCAUAUGCUGGAAUUAAUAUAGGACCUGUACAUAAAAAAGAUGUCAUGAAGGCCUCUGUGAUGCUGGAGCAUGAUCCUCAGUAUGCUGUGAUUUUAGCCUUUGAUGUAAGAAUUGAAAGAGAAGCUCAAGAAAUGGCUGAUAGUUUGGGUGUACGUAUUUUUAGUGCUGAAAUCAUCUACCACUUGUUUGAUGCCUUCACCAAAUAUAGACAGGAUUACAAGAAACAGAAGCAAGAAGAGUUCAAACAUAUUGCAGUAUUCCCAUGUAAAAUAAGAAUUCUUCCUCAGUUUAUCUUUAAUUCUCGUGAUCCUAUUGUCAUGGGAGUGAUUGUGGAAGCUGGUCAGCUUAAACAGGGGACACUCAUGUGCGUACCAAGUAAGAAUUUUGUAGAUAUUGGGAUAGUGACCAGCAUUGAGAUCAACCACAAGACUGUAGAUACGGCAAAAAAGGGCCAAGAGGUCUGCGUGAAGAUAGAACCUAUCCCUGGGGAGUCUCCGAAGAUGUUUGGAAGACAUUUUGAGGCUACAGAUCACCUUGUUAGCAAGAUCAGCCGGCAGUCGAUUGAUGCUUUAAAGAAUUGGUUUAGAGAUGAGAUGCAGAAAACAGACUGGCAGCUCAUAGUAGAAUUGAAAAAGGUGUUUGAGAUAAUUUAAAGCUUUCUUUCAAUUGUUGGAACUCCUAAGACCAGAGGAAUUAUAACUUGUAAAGAGAUGACGCGAUGCAAGGGGCGAAACCGAGAAUACUGAACCUGUGGUUUAGAAGAAGAAAAUAAGAGUAGUUUAAAUUUUUUUUUCCAUGAGAAACCAAGAAAUUUUACACUGGUUUGACAGUGCUCAAUUUUACACAUCCCCACAGUUCCGGCGUGCCUGCCCAUCUGACCACACCAAUCACUUACUGGCUUCUGUUUUAAAAGGAAUCAAUAGUCGCAAUGUUUUAUUACAGGUUUUCUCUGUUUUUUACUUGUAAAAUUGGCACUGCAGUGAUAACGCUCUGCAGCCUCUAAACUUGGAUCUUUUGAUGUAGAAACAAUGAAUUAAGUCAUUAUUUAUGCAUAUUGCCUGCCCUAGCACACUGCUUUUUCCAUUGUUCUCUUGAUUUGUGCCUACAUUUUUAAAGGUCAGCAGGAAAGCUACUCUAUCUGCUUCAUGUUAAAUGGUGAUGUAAAAUGUACUGUGGGCAGCAUUUCAGUGCUUGUACAGUUCCUGCCAACACUUCUGACUGUAUUCAUUACACACAGAGCCAGAAAUAAAGUAUAUGGGCAAUACUAA